CGAGCUUGUUCCGGUAUCAGGGCAGGAUCGUGCGCAUAGACUGCAUUCGGGCGCAGCUCCUCAUCUCUCUCCCCCUGUCGCCCGUGACACGCACCGUCUAACAAGAAAGCCCCAGUUUACCGAUAAUGGAUUUUACAACUUGAUGAUUCCUCCUUCUGUCGGCUGGUCACGGGGAAAAAAAUUGCAGUCGGUGUUCCGACAGGACGAACUGGUAUAUCGCCACACUGCAGUGCAGCAGUGGUGAACGACCUUAUUCCAAUCACGCAACACAAGGAAGAGCGCCGGUGAUUUCCGUGGAUUUUGAGUUUUGUGGGUCGCUCUGUGGCAGUCACCGCCGCUGCGGCCGCAGAGGGAUAAGCUAACUAGCUAGCUUUGCUUCGAAAGAAAAACUGAAUUAGCUAGCUACAUGGGCUAAUAUUGGUCAGCCAGAAAGCUAGCGCGACAAAUUAAUUCGUGUUUCUCACUUGCCAUGUGACCAUUUUACGUGGUGCUGGUUUUUAUUUUUCCGGAUACCCUACCCUGGAUAUCUCACUGGGAACAUUUUUGAAUUGUUUUGUGUGAGUUGGGAAGGUCGAGACCUCAUCGGGAAUAACUUUGGCCUGAAAGUUUGUAACUUAGACCACGGACCUGGUUUCAAAGCUGAAAGGAAACAUCUCUGCCACGAAGAGAGAAAACGGGCAUCGACGCGGCGUUAUGAAAACGACGCUGGAUAAACAUUUACUCUAGAUUUCUGCGACAUUUGGGGCUUCCUCAAACGUUAGUUAGCAAGCUUACAGGUUAGCAUGCUAGCCACCUAAUUGCACCUUGUCUUGUUCAAUACAACCGUUGCCCAACUUUUUCUCAAGCUAGCCCAAGUAGCUAGCUGUCCAAGACGUCACGGCAUCGAGUUGGUAGCUCGCCGGUCACCAUCGACGUUGAUAAAUGUUAGUUGGGAACUGAAUGUUUUCACACCCAGGCAGAAGCUAAUUGAGACAUUUGCUUUUUCCUGUUUUGCGCUUGUUGACAAACAUGGGACGUGCGGUUGCUGCUAGCUAGUUUCUAGCUAGCUGGCUAACUCGGCUAGCCGCUGAUGUGGGAUUCAACUUGUUGAUUCACAGGCUUUUUUUGUCGAUCUGCUAGCUGGCUAGCACUGGACAUCUGUUGAAAUUUCCCUCUACCUUCAACUAGACAGGUUUUAAAUGUACAAUAGACACUGAAGAACCUUCCUUGUGUCACCGUUCCUUUCCCCUUUUUUUUGUCAACUUGAAGUCUUUCAAAAAUGUCAACAAGGAUCCCACUGGUGCAAGUCAUUGAAAAUUCGACAGGACAGGAGUCCAAGUCAUCCGGCCGCUCCAGCAUGCCGCGAUGUCGGAACUCCGUCGCCACGACCACAUCAGAUGACCAGCCACACAUUGGUAACUAUCGGUUGCUAAAAACCAUCGGCAAAGGCAACUUCGCCAAGGUCAAACUGGCACGACACGUCCUCACCGGAAAAGAGGUGGCUGUAAAGAUCAUUGAUAAGACGCAGCUCAACUCUUCCAGUUUGCAGAAGCUCUUCCGGGAGGUGAGGAUCAUGAAGAUGCUGAAUCACCCCAACAUAGUCAAGCUCUUUGAGGUGAUAGAGACAGAGAAGACUUUGUACCUGGUAAUGGAGUACGCUAGUGGAGGAGAGGUCUUUGAUUACUUGGUGGCCCAUGGCAGGAUGAAGGAGAAAGAAGCCCGUGCCAAAUUCAGACAGAUUGUGUCAGCUGUGCAGUAUUGCCAUCAGAAGUGUAUAGUACACAGAGACCUCAAGGCAGAGAACCUGCUGCUGGACGCAGACAUGAACAUCAAGAUAGCAGACUUUGGCUUCAGUAACGAGUUCACUCUGGGGAACAAGCUGGACACGUUCUGUGGCUCCCCGCCCUACGCUGCCCCAGAGCUCUUUCAGGGCAAGAAGUACGAUGGGCCUGAGGUGGACGUCUGGAGCCUGGGAGUAAUCCUCUACACACUGGUCAGCGGCUCAUUGCCCUUCGAUGGACAGAACCUCAAGGAACUGCGAGAGCGCGUGCUGCGUGGUAAAUACAGGAUUCCUUUCUACAUGUCCACAGACUGCGAGAACUUGCUCAAAAAGUUCCUUAUCCUGAACCCCACUAAAAGAGGCAGCCUUGAGCAGCAGAUAAUGAGGGACCGGUGGAUGAAUGUGGGUUAUGAAGAGGAAGAACUCAAACCCUACGUUGAACCCCAACCAGAUUAUAAGGACCCCAGGAGGACAGAGAUCAUGCUGCAGAUGGGAUUUUCUCAGGAGGAAAUCCAGGACUCGGUGGUGAACCAGAAGUACAAUGAUGUGAUGGCUACAUAUCUGCUACUGGACUAUAGGAACUCUGAGCUGGAUGAAGGUUGCAUCAAACCCCGGCCAGGAAGUGAUGUAAGCAACAUAAACGCCCCCUCUCCGCCUCAUAAGGUACAGCGCAGUGUGUCAUCCAACCAGAAGCCUCAGAACCGCAGGGCAACCGACCAGGGUUCCUCCUACUCUAAGAGGGGGGGUCAGUCAGACAACCGGACUGCAGUGGAGGAUUCUGGAAGGAAAGGCUCAUCAGGCAGCUCCACUACCAAGGUGCCGGCCAGCCCUCUGGUCUCUUCUGACCGCAAGAAGAGCGCCACGCCCUCCACUAAUAGCAUCCUGUCCACCGGUACUGGUCGCAGUCGAAACUCUCCUCUGACUGAGAGAGCCACGCUGGGCCAAGGCAUCCAGAACGGCAAGGACAGCCUAAACACUCCGGGUUCCCGCGCCUCCACUGCCUCGGCUGCUGCCGUCCUCUCCUCCUCCUCCUCCUCCUCGCGUUCCCGCCACCACAAGUCCCUGUCCUCCUCCAAUCAUCCAUGCCCCUCUGACCUGCACGCACCACGGCCCAGCGCCCCACCUCAGCGGGCACCCGGUGCCUCCCCAUCUGCCCACAACAUCAGCAGCGCUGCUGUGUCAGACCGUCCCAACUUCUCCCGAGGGGUGGGCAUCCGCAGCACAUUCCACGCAGGCCAGCAGCGGGGGGCCCGAGACCAGCAGGGCUCUGCCUACCCCGGAGGGCCCGCAUCCCCGUCACUGUCACAUGGCAACAGCCAGGCCCGGAGGACACACGGUGCCACUGGGAUUUUCAGCAAGUUUACUUCCAAGUUUGUACGCAGAAAUCUCUCGUUCAGGUUUCCGAGAAGGAGUCCGUAUGAGGGAGAGGGUCGGGAUGAGGGGAGCAGGUCCAUGCUGAGCAGCACAGUGGAUAAGUCAGAGAAGACAUCUGGUGGUGUCCUCUCUUCUUCAUCCAACAACGAUGAGAACAACUCCUCACCAGGAUCUGGUAACACUGGUGGCACCGGCACCCCUCCGGCCAUCGCCAGCCAGAAAGACUCGGCCAAGCCGCGCUCGCUUCGCUUCACCUGGUCCAUGAAGACCACGUCGUCCAUGGAGCCCAUGGAGAUGAUGCGUGAGAUCCGCAAGGUGCUCGACUCCAACAGCUGCGAGUACGAGCUACGCGAGCGUUACAUGCUGCUGUGCGUGUCAGGCAACCCGGCCCGCGACGACUUUGUCCAGUGGGAGAUGGAGGUGUGCAAGCUACCGCGGCUCUCCCUCAACGGCGUGCGCUUCAAACGGAUCUCGGGCACGUCCAUCGCCUUCAAGAACAUUGCCUCAAAGAUUGCCAACGAGCUCAAACUGUGAGUGCGGAGGAGCAGCGAGGAGAGAUGAGAUAAAGGGUGGAGGUGGGAGGGUGAAGGGGUUGAUAGCAAGGAUGAAGAUGAUGCUGUAAGCGGGGUGUGGGCGCUAUGGAAGUCGGGAGGUAAGCUAAAGGGUGUGAUCACUUUAAAAAUAACAUGAUUGUUAUCUGGACAAAGGUCUGAAGUAGGGCUGUCGGUUCUCUGAGACUAGAAAAUGUUUCUUUUCUAGAAGUUUUGUCUGAAGAUUUUGUCCUCCGAUUAGAAACUCUGAGUUGAUUUCCUCUGAGUUGUGAAGUACUUAUAGACCGACGUCCUCUCUCUUCCCUGCUGUUUUUUGUUUUGUUUUGUUUUGUUUUGUUUUUUUUUUUUUGCUGCUGUUGUUUUUUUUUUUUUUUUGUCACGUUCUACUAGACGUUCCACUCUCCUGCAUGUCCGAUCUGCUCUCCCUGUUUUUAAGAAGUCACAUUUUGAUCACAUUGACCACUCCUGUCACUUAUUCCCGCUAUUUAUUCAGUUUCUCUGCACGGUUCUGCUGCCAGGUCUUUUUUUGAGAAGGGCGGAGGGCCUGGUGGAAAUGAGGGUUUGGAUGGGGGACGAGGAGAGCCGAGGUAUUGCUGAAAAAUGAACUUUCUACUUUCUCUCUGAAUUUCGAACAAGUGGCGAUGAUUGCAGAAAGUUCAGAGCCUUAUGUUGCUGGAAAACUCGAAGGGGUUUUUGAUUGAAUUUGUUCUGAUUCUCCUUGAAAACUGAAUGGACUCCAACUGAGCCAGGACUUUGGUCACUGAAGCCCACUGUCUCCCACACACACACACACACACAAACACACACACACACACACACAAAUGGACUUUGGAUGGAUGAACUCUGCUGUUGUUGGUUUAAGGACGCUCUCCUCCCUCCACCUGCCCACACAAACCUCCCCUCCCGCCCCCCAAAAUGAACUUAAAAACAAAACAAAACAAAAAAAAUCUACCUGAUCCAUCCUUCCACCACAUCCCUCCUCCCCUCGCUCACUCUCUCUCUCUCUCUCUCACUCACACACACACACACACACACACACACACACACACUCACUCUCACUCUUUGCCACCAUCUCUCUCUGAUUUCAAACUGAACUCAGCACAAGCACAUCCAUCUUUGCCUCUUCACUCCCUUUUUCUUCUUCAUUUUUAAUUUCUCUCACGCCGUCAAGUGUGAGGAGGCCAGUUAAACUUGAUGUUGUCAUCGAUUGUUUGGGCUUCAACCCUUCAAGUCCGUACUUUUUUUUUUUUCUUUUUCUUUUAUGGCUUUUAAAAUCAGUUGUGCACUGGAAAAGAUGGGCAUAUGGGGAAAUUGGGGAGGGAAAACCAGUUCAUGGAUGGGUUUGUUGAUGGAUUUUUAUGUUGCCUUUCUUUAUAGAAUUAAAUUUGGGGUUUGUCUCUGUUGUAUCUUCAGCACAUAAAUGCUCAAAUGAUUUUAUUUGUAUUUUUUUGUUAAUGUUGGUAUCACCUCGGUUGGCGUCAUGCCUUCAUAUCCAGAAUGUCAACCCUGAACGGACGCAUUUCUAGUCCCCCCCAACCCCCACCUUUUUUUUUUCUUUCUUACUCCAUCCCCUUUGUGCUACAUGUGUUCCCAAAGAGCAAAUACAUACAAAAGGUGUCUUUGGAGUAUGUAACAAACAGUAUGUGUGUGUGAGUGUAUUCUAAAAGAUCACUGGAAAAAAAAAAAAAACAAAACAAAAGGAAUUGACAAGGACGACGAAGAUGGUGAAUUAUUUUCUUCUUCUACUUUUGAUUUGAUAAUAUAUUUUUGUGUCGUUGGAAAAAUUGGGGUUUGUACAGAUUAGGAUUUUUUUAGGGGGGGGGGGGGGGGGUUGAACAGGGUGUGAAGGGUCAUGUCGGACCAUAUCAUUGCUGCCUUUUUUGGUGUGGUGCACCUUUAACACACACAUUUAACAUACGGCCCAUCAUGUAUCAGAAUGAACAACCCCCACUCCCACGUACAGGGCGUUUUCAGUGUAUUUAAUGUUGAUGGUGGUGGCGGCGACUGCUGCUCAUUCAUCUUUGGCUAUUUCAUAUCAUCCCUUUGUUUUUAAUCAUUUUAAAGGCCUUAUCGGUCCAGAAUGGCUUGAAGCUGAGAGAAAAUGGAUGGGGGAGGGGGGCUCAUCCAUAGGUUUCUCGGAUCAGAGCAUGGGUUCUUGUUCAAAACCACAAACAAGAGGAUGCCACUUUCUAUCUCCCUCUUUGUGGUGACGCUCCAGUUUGUCGAAGCAGAAGAAAAAACACACACACACACACUUGGGGGUCAAAGAUUGGGGGUGAUGGGGGACAAUGCGAGGUCCCAUCAGCUGGUUGUACCUAACUUAACACUUUUCUUUCUUUCUAUCACGAUGACACACUGUCGUUUUAUUAUUUCUUUCAGUUUUUAAUACGUCAGAUUUUUCUUUAAAAGUCGAUCAUUGUAUUAAGGUGCUGGGUGUUGGAUUCUAAUUAUUAUUCUGGCUGUUGCUGUUAUAUUAUCUCUUUCAGGGUUGAUUUUAUUUUACAUUAUUUCGUUUUACAUUGCUGUAAUUUACAUUGAUUUUAAAUGUGUUUUGAGCAAACUGUAACUGUAGUGGUGGGUUUGGGGUUGGGAGGGGUGAUCAACUCCUGAAAAAAAUGUAUUAUUUGUUUUGUUUUUUUUUGUGCAAAGACAAAAUGAUGAAAAUUAAAAAUGAUAGUAAUAAAAACAAUGGUAUAAUGAUA